AUGUGGUACAGCACACCAAGAUGUGAUGAAAUAGCCUAGUGCACCCGGGCCAACUUCUGCUAGUUCUUUUUUUGCUUAUCCAUCACCGAAGUAAAGAUGCCAGACGCGAGCGGAGGACCGGAGCGCGUUAUCCAGGCUGACAAUGUUUUUGAGAUGAGCAGCUGGGUAGUGAACAAGCCGAAAAAGGUUCUCCAGCGGCGCGCCUCCGAGGGAAAGAACUUUCAUCGGGGUGGCCACAACAUCGAUCAAGAAAUGCAUCAUCAAGACGGAGCAGGCUUCGCCCCAACAUCCAACGCGGCUGCUGGAUGGUCUGACCACGGUAUUGCAGAGCCGACAAAACAAGCAACGUCGACUGCAAUUCCCGGUAUCAAUGAGGAAGACUUGUUGCGAACCUUUUGCGGCAAAGCACAAGCUGAAGCGAACAUGGGGAUCCAGAAGUCCGAGAGCAUAGACCGUCUCAGCUGUCCGAAAGGCGUAAGCCUCGCGGGCCGGAUCGCGCAGUCCGUUUUGCACAGCCGAUCAUACAAGAAUCUGUUCUUCACCAACCCGUUUCCGGAAGAUGUAAGGCUUGAUAGACCUCAGUCCGUUUACUUAAUUCGACGCUAGAGUUAACACAUCACUGAUGCUGAUGAUGAGUCUGGUGCUCAAUCUUUUCGAUCUGUAAGUUAUUCUUUUGCUCUAAUUUCUAUUUCAUUUGAAGAUAGUUCCAAUAUAAGAUUAAAGUAGUAGCUAUGGAUUAUAGUCGUGAGCUGUACUGCUCUCUCACUCUCUCUCAUAUUUGGAUGUGAAGAAGCCGACGAAGACAGAGCAGGCAGCGCGGGACAAGGCCUUGUCACAACCCGUGAAACCAUUGGAGGCUCGGUUAGAGAAGUUCACGAGUCAGGUUGCUUUCGGCCGAAGCGUUCCAAUACUGGAACCGCUUCUGGAGGAGAAACUUCCGUGGAACCAAAAGAAGGGAAGCAAGACCCGAUCUGGUGGCGGGCACGCCAUGUCGAAUAGCGCAUUAGGAACGCACGAUAGCGAACUCCCGACAUACUACACGCAGAACGGACGCAGUCUAGGAACUACAGGGCAAGGGGAUCAUGGAUUGGACCCACAAAACAUGGCACAGAUGCCACGAGGCCCGCUUGCGCCAGUUCCGGAGGCGGACAGUGCCAUUGACGGUGGUAAUCGACAGCAAAACUUUCUCUAUUACCAGAAUCCAAAAGUUAAGGGGGAGCAAGAUAGGUUUCGUCAGGAAUUCGUCACUUUCACCUUAUCUGAUACUGAUAAAGGAGAAACACGAUUCAAUUACUCGGGUGUAGCAUAGCAUGGAUAGCUUUGUCAGGUUAUUAUAGCACAGCAUGAUGAUGCAACUAGUGACUUCUUUGUCCGAAAAAAUCUAAUGACGAAGAGGCGAAAAAGCCAAGAGAUAGCUGGGUAGACCGUUUGAGCAAACCGCGUGCGGUGACGGAAAAGUUCGAGUUUCCGGUUUUUGUCGUGGACACUGCGCCAGCUGAUGUCGCUGCUUCACACGAAGACCACGAUCAAGGAGAAAGCGAGGACGCUAGAAAAAGCAGCAAAGCGAGUAACAGCAAAGCAGCAUGUAGUAGUUCUCUGCCCGCGAGUCGUCGCGCGUCGCUGCGCAAGAACUCACUUGGGAACAAGGUUCCCGACGAGUUGCGCAAUGCGGUUCACAAAUUGGUUGAGCAGAAUCGAAAGCCGGAGAUUGUCGUUCCUGCAGACGACCCUUACCAUGUUGGCGAGCAUUUCGUGGAUGGAACAGGGCCCGCAUCGGGUUCCGCACCAUCCGGCGUUGCUUCAUUAUCCAGUGUUGGAGUAGCUCCUAGAAUCAGCAGCGAUGGGCUAGUAUUCGGAGGUGUGAAGAAUGCAGGAAGCAAAGACAAGCUGUGGCCUGGCGAGGAUACAACUGGCGGAUUGUCGAAAUCACGGCCAUUCAUCCGAGGAUUGGUACCACGCUUGCCCCUUGGCGCUCCGGGAGAUCAUCAUGCCCAAGUUGACGGCACACCGACAAGAAUGUCCGGAGGAGACCAAGAGCUCCGUCUCGAAGACUGGCAGCAUCGUCUAAAAUCGGUAUCGCAACUGGAACAAAAAAGCAAAAGUCGCCGUAUUCCGUUGCAGACCCUAGACCGUAGGAUUGACCCAUCCGCUUCAGAACAUCAAUCGUAUCACUCUUCCUCGUCGACAUAUGGCAGUCAGAAUUCUUCGUCUUCUAGUGGAGCGGGAGCGACUGCGGGCUUGGAUUCAGAGACGCAGGCUCGCGUAGAGGAGCUCUUUUAUCUGUUGAUCCUCGUGUGCCGCAAAACAGGCGGAAACCAAUCGCUCCGACAGCGCGUGCAACAGUUACUGCUCGCAGAUAUCCAGCCCGUCUUCAAGCGCAUAGGUCGCAGAGUACCCUUUCAUCUCGUCAACAGCGCGCCCACGGGAACCGGAGGCUCUCAAAACACCUCUCAAUACUGUGGAUCACCGGAUAGCAUGGUGCCAGUGCUGCAGGCUUUUAAAAAGCACUGUCCGCUGCUCAGCGAACAACUCUCGAAACAGGCCGAGCGGUGUUUAGGUCGCGAACGCGUAGACAGUCGUGUGGUACUUGCUGUGCGAGAUGUCUUACUCAAGAAAGAGUUCGUGCAGACCGCAGUCAACGGUGCAGGUGACGGAAACGCCGCAGGUAUGGCCGGCGCUGGUGGAGGAUCUUCUAAUGCGGUGACCCCAACCGCCAGUAGGUCCGUGAGCAAGGCGUCCUCCUCGUCUUCAUCUUCGUCCUCUCUGGCUGCGCUCGCAGGAAUUACUACUAGCACAAAGACUGGAAGAGGGGCAUCUGCAAACAGUGGAAAGAUACGUGCUCCUGGAGCGGCCCAGGUAGGCAAUAUUACAAUCGACGAUGGUGCGGAGGCGGAUCCUUUCGCCGAGAUUAGUGCGCUUUUCGUGUCGGAGUGGGAAGCUGUUCAGGAACAAAAUCGGAUAGACGAAAGGCGGAAAAGGGAGGAAGACAAAAGUAGAACGUACAAAGCCCCACCACCGCCGAAAAAAACCAGUGCGGAGCAAGAAGAGGAGCUUGAUGCUCUGGGCCUGUGCUAG